AUGCAACAUUGGCCAUAUUUUUCACUCAUCUUGCCAAUAGUAACCUGCUUCGAGUUGAUUUGGCCCCAACCAAAGGAGAGUUAUUACGGAGAAGCAGGGGUUACUGUAACUAAAGGGCAUUUGAACGUGAAUAUCGACGAUUUUGAGGGAUGUGAGGCUCUGAGAGUGGCGAAACAGACCUAUGGUAAGAUUUUUCAUACUUUUUUUUGGGUUUGGGUUACUGUAACAAAACAUUUUGAUUUCAAUUUUUAGGUUACUGUAACAAAAGAAAUUUAAAAAAAAUCGCGAAUUACUCUAGUAAACAUUCUGGAUUUCAAUUGUGGAUUACUGUAACAAAAAAUUAAUAAAAAAAUUUCUGCUUGGAUUACUGUAACAUAAAAUUUUGAGUUCAAUUUUGGGUUACUGUAAUAAAAAUUUAAAAUUUCCCAACUUUUAACACUUUUUUAUUUUAUUUUUAAUUUUGGAUUACUGUAACAAACAUUUUGAUUUCAAUUUUUAGUUACUGUAACAAAAACUAGAAUUUUUGUAAGUUUUUAUUUUUACGACUGCGACAAAAUUCCAAAAAAAAAUAUAUUUUUUUUUCAAUUUUGGGUUACUGUAACAAAAAAAAUUUCAGAAAAUUCCUGGUUUUUCCCCCAGAUUCUCCCAAAUUCGACUGCUCCUGGAUCACUCACCGAGAUAAAGUUGAUAAAACCGAGCGAUUUUCAAUGUCCCGGAGGCUAUUCGUAUCCAAAAACAAUCAAGGAUGAGAGCUGUAAGAUAAAUCCCAUUUUCCUCUAAUUUCAGCCAAAUUUUAAAAAUUAAACCCUUUCAGACCACCUCACAGUCACCUCCGCCUUCUCUACACUCCAAAGCAACACCAUUUGGGGGUUUCUCCGUGGUCUGGAGACCUUUUCUCAACUCAUUUCCCACCAACCCCCUAAAUCAAUAUCCGAGCCGCCGAAAUUCACUCUCAAAACGGCGGAAAUCAUCGAUGAACCGGCCUACAAUGUUCGGGGAUUGAUGCUGGAUACUGGCCGACAUUUUCUACCGGUUGAUGUGAUUCUGCGACAAAUUGUCAGCAUUUUUUCGGAUUUUUGGUGAUUUUUGCGGAAAAAAUGAUGUUUUAAGUAAAAAAAGGUUGGAAAGACAAUCGUAUUUUAGUGUAGUAAAAAAGCUGAAGGUUUAUUUUAUAAUUUAGGAUACUUUUUUGUGUUUUCAAAUAACUUUUUUAUCGCUUUUUUGGCAAUUUUUGCUUAUUUAUACCGUUUUUCGUCAAAAAAUGAUGAUUUAAGUACAAAAAAGUUGGAAAAUCAGUCGUAUUUUAGUUUAGUAAAAAAGCUGGAGGUUUAUUUUAUAAUUCGGGAUACUUUUUACACCUUUACAACUACUUUUUUAUAGAUUUUUGGGAUUUUUUCCUUAUUUUAUGCCAUUUUUGGUCAAAAAAUGAUGAUUUUUCGUAUUUUUCUUUAACAAAUUCGUAUUUCAUGCUCUUAAAAGUAAAAUUCCAUAAGCCUUUUGUAAUUUCAUUACACUUUUCCUACUGUAAUUUACAUUUUUGCACACUUUUUUAGCCAAAAAUUCAAAAAAUUUCCAAAUUUUUCAAAAUUUCCCAGUUUUUCGUUGAAAAAAUUAUAAAUUGAGAUUUAAAAUACGAUUAUAUUUCUUUGUUGUUCUCUAUACUAUAACACAAAUAUUAAGGCAUGCCGUAUUUUACCUCAAACCCUCUAUUUUCCCCCAAUUUCCCCCUCGAAAAGCCCAUUUCCAGCCGAAAGAUCCGUAUUUUAGGACCUGAUGGCUCAGAGCAAGUUCAAUGUGUUCCACUGGCAUAUCGUGGACGUGGAGUCGUUUCCAUAUCACUCCGAGCAGUUUGCCAAUCUCUCUGCCUUGGGGGCGUUUGGCCCAAACGCGGUUUAUAGCAGAAGUGAUGUCAAAAAGGUGAUAAAAUACGCAAAUUUGAAGGGAAUUCGAGUGGUACCCGAAUUUGACACUCCAGGUAGGUGA